AAAGAAUCCAGUUUAGUUGUUGUGUAUCGGUGAGUUAGUUGUGUAUGUUUUUUAACAGUGUGAGUUUUAAUUCCGGCGUUUUGUUAAACAAAUACAUUAAUUUGUGUGUGAAAAAAACUGGUAUGACUAAGUGAAUGAUGAGAUUGUGUUUUUGAAUAUUUGUGUGUUGACAACGAAGACCUGAAAACGUUACAAUGGGUCCUGUGUUAAUACUACAGAUAUUUCUGGGCGUCCUUGCACCGGCUUUUGCUAAGAUCGGUAUGGGCUUCACGAAGUACCCGGAAUCAGUAACCGCGCCGGCAGGUGACGAAGUUGCAUUCGAGUGCGCGGUGGAAGUGCCUUGUGAGAGACUUACUUGGAGGUGGAAGCCUGAACACGAGGAGAGCUGGAGAGAUGUGGAGGGGACCAGUGAUAGUGACAGCCUGUCUACAAGACUGGUCGUAGAUGUUAAAGAGGAUACACCUAAUGCCUUAUAUCAGUGUGUAGCGUGGUAUGGUGCUAUCAGCGUGGUAUCCAUUCCAGCUCGUUUGGCCAUCGCGAAGCUGGAUUUGAGCAGGAACAUCGCAGAGAAAAGAGUGAUAGCCGCUCCUUUGCAUAAUACUGUGGUAUUGCAUUGUAAAGAGCCGCUCUCUGAACCGCCUGCUGUUUUAAAUUGGUGGAAAGAAGACGGAAAGACAAAGAAGCAACUGGAUACUCCACACGGUGUGUUAGUAUUACACAAUGUGUCUACAGCUGACAGUGGAGUGUACGGCUGCACGGCCACAAAUGAAUUGAGCGUGCAGACAAUAGAUUUGCCUGAAAGGACCUACUUGAAAGUCCAGCACGAAGGGAACGGUCAAGAGAGAUUUUUAGAGACAGAAGACUAUGUCGGCACUAAGGACUCUGAAGGUACACUAACAGUGUCCGUAAAAAUUGAUGGCGCUUUACGUCUGUGGUGCGGCGCUGUGGGCACUCCACCUCCACGCGUCACCUGGACCAGAGAUGGACUCAAACUGUCUAACAGAGAUGCGUUGUAUAUACAGCCGUUUACUGUUCGUGAUGAGGGUGUUUAUUCCUGUUCAGCCAACGGUAUUCGGCGGUCGUGGAAAGUGGUAGCAUUAUUCCCCCCAUAUUGGGAGGGGACUGCUGAUAAUGUGAAUGCCAGCGAGGGGGGAAGCGCAAGGGUCACUUGUGGCCUGCCGUACGGUCAACCAACACCCACCGUCCAUUGGUUGCUCAACGCUGAACUGAUGAGAAACGGCAAGGGGAUAAAGACCAAUGACACGGACCUGUACAUCGAGCACGCGGAGAAGCGGCACGCGGGCAUAGUGCAGUGCGUGGCGUGCAACUCGCUCGCCUGUGCUUUCGAUGCGGCAAUGCUCACCGUCGUGCCAGUACAGAUAUCUGACCAGGAUUACACAGCGGAGGCCCCUAAAGCACAUGUCCCUUCUCAGCCACCGAAACGCCAUAAUAAGAAAAACCCGAGAAAACAUAAAGCUGUAAUGAUCCCCCCAUCGCGUCCCAACGUGACGCGGAUGUCUGACGAGAGCGUCAUGGUGUCCUGGUCAAAUGCUAAAGAGGGAUUGCCCAUACAGUUCUUCAAGGUGCAGUACAAGGAAGUGAGCAAUUCAAGCAACUCCAGCGGUCAGUGGCACACCGCUAACUACGAUAUACCCUCAUACAUACACGCCUUUGAGAUCGACGGACUCCUACCUGAUAGGUUUUACAAGUUCCGUAUAGCGGCAGUAUACUCGAACCAGGACAACAAGCUGGGGCGCAGCAGUCCUCGCUUCUACCUGCAGCGCGGCGGACAGAGCCCGCGCGCUCCUGUUCUCACCAAGGCGACCGCCACAUCGCCGCAUUCUAUACAGAUAGAAUGGACUUGGUCGAGUUCGGGCGGCGUGGAGGCGGAGGGUUUCUACGUGUACUACCGCGCGGUGUCGUCAGCGGGCGCGUACGAGAAGGUGUCGGCGAGCGGCGGCGCGCGCGCACUGCGCCUCGACCACCUCGCCCCUGACACCGCAUACGAGCUCAAAGUGCAGGCCUACACUGCGCAGGCGCCUUCCGACUUCAGUUCCAUACUCGAUGCGAAGACAAAUAAAUCUCUAGUGCCAGUAUCCAGUAGUACGGAGGGCGCGGGGGGUGCGGGCGGUGCAGGUGGUGCAGGGGGCGCGGCGGGUGCGGGGGGUGCGGAGCGGGCACCCGCCGCGCUGGUGACGGCGGGGGGCGCGCUGGGCGUGGCCGCCAUACUGCUCAUACUGCUCGUCACUCUGCUGCUCUGUCGCCGCGCCAAGAGACCCACCAAGGAGAAGGUGUCAGCUCAGGAUACGGGCAGCGGCAACGGCUACGUGCCGGCGAAAGUUCCAAUCACAAUCACUGCUAACCCUUUGCAUGCGGAGGGAGGUGAAGCUGGGGUAGAAAUGUCAUUCCUACACAACAACAACACCGGCAGUAGCGAAGAGACAAUAUCACAUACAAGGAAAAACGGCCCCGCGCGACAAUACGUAUAGUUAUAGACCUUAUUAUAAUACUAAUAAAGUCUAUAUUGCUGUAGACAGUGAAUUGUGAUACGAACUUAUCGCCAUGUAACAAACGAACGGAUUUACAGUACAAAAUAUUUAUUAUUUUAAUAGUAAAGUGUAUGUGUGAUUUGUAUGGCUAGAUUAUAAAGGUGAGUAUCCAAUGAAAUAUGUUUUUUGCAUUUUGGAAAAGUGUACAGUGUAACAUUGCCUUUAUCAUUUGUGAUUACAUCCAGUGGAAAUGUACGCAUCCAGUGGAAGCAAACCUUAAUAUUUAUUAAUUAAUCUUGUUAUUGUACUUAGGUACCUAUAGACAUUAUUUAUAUAGAUUUUUGCAAGUAAAUAAAUUCCAGCUUGAUACCUUCAGGCGUGUUUGAGAAAAAGGGUCUUUACAGACAGACGAACAA